AUGGCGCCCUCCCUGCUGCGGCAGCACGGCCGCCUCGCGUUAGUCUUCCUCGUUCUCCUCCUCAGCACGGCCACCACGUCGUCGGCUUUAGCGUUGCCGAAGUUACCUAAACUUCCCAAUUUCCGACCAGGCCGUUGGAGGUACGCCCACGCCACCUUCUACGGCGACGAGACGGCGUCGGAGACCAUGGGCGGAGCAUGCGGCUUCGGGAACCUGUUCAGCACCGGGUACGGGACGGCGACGGCGGCGCUGAGCACGGUGCUGUACCUGGGCGGAUUCUCCUGCGGGCAAUGCUUCCAGAUCCGGUGCGCGAAGUCGCAGUACUGCUACCGUGGGUCUCCGAUCGCCACCAUCACCGCCACCAACCUCUGCCCGCCCAACUGGGCCUUGCCCUCCAACAACGGCGGCUGGUGCAACCCUCCCAGGCCCCAUUUCGACAUGUCCAAGCCGGCCUUCAUGAAGAUCGCCCAGUGGCGCGCCGGCAUCGUCCCGGUCAUGUACCGGAGGGUGCCGUGCCCUAGGAGAGGAGGGAUUCGGUUCUUGUUGCAGGGCAAUGGGUACUGGCUGCUGACGUUCGUGAUGAACGUGGGAGGGGCAGGGGACGUCGGGAGUAUGUGGGUGAAGGGGAGCAAGACCGGGUGGAUGAAGAUGAGCCACAACUGGGGAGCCUCGUACCAGGCCUUUUCCCGGCUCGGCGGCCAGUCGCUCUCCUUCAAGGUCGUCUCCUACUCCACCAAGCAGACCAUCUUCGCAUACAACGUCGCUCCGGCCAACUGGUGGACCGGCAAGACGUACCAGGCGCGCGUCAACUUCAAGUGA